CGAAUGGACCCCCCGGUGAAGUCGGGGCCGCUCCUGCUCCAGCAGCCGUCGGGUUUGCUCCUGGGGGCCAAGCGGUGGAAAAAAAGCUGGUUUGUGUUGUACCCAGCGAGUCCUCAUGGAGUUGCCCGUCUUGAGUUCUUUGACUGCAAGGAAGGGGCUGCUCCAGCUGACCGGAUCAGUACCAAGAAGCUGGACAAGAAGAUUGUGAGGCUGGCAGACUGUGUGAGUGUGGCUCCUGCCCUGGACUGCAGCCCCAAGGACGGCUUGGCUGCUUUCUGCCUGGAGACCAGCAGCCGCACCUACGUCUUUGCCUCUGAGCCACCGGAGGCGGCUGACUGGAUGGCCAAGCUCUGCGAGGCAGCCUUUCUGGUGAGCGGGGCUGUGAAUGAGUUCUGGGUCACCGUGCAGAAGACGGAAGCGGCCGAGCGCUGCAAGCUGCAAGGGAGGUAUCUGCUGAAGGCUUCUUGGAACGAGCUCAUCCUCAGAGAGGCCCCCUCCAGCCUGCCCCUCUACACGUGGCCCUAUCGCCUCCUCCGCAGAUACGGCAGGGACAAGGUGAUGUUCUCCUUCGAAGCUGGCCGCCGUUGUGAAUCGGGUGCCGGCAACUUCACUUUUGAGACCAAGCAGGGCAACGAGAUCUUCCACGUGGUGGAGGCUGCAAUCCAGGCCCAGAAGGCCCAGGUGGAAGAGCAUCGGCAAAGCAGCAGCUCCCUUGAGAUGGAGGCCCCCGGCAUCUUCUCCCUCCAGAAUGCCAUGGCCAACUCCCUCAGCCUGGAGGGCGAGGGCACGGCUGCUUCUUUGGAGAGACGGGCGCCCAGGGGUGCCCUGGCAGCCAGGGCCAGCGUCGCUGGGGAGGGGAAGGAGGCCACCGUGCCCAAAGGGCAGAACCCGUGGCUGAGCUCCCCCUCGCUGCGGCCCUCCCUCUCCGGGACGGCUGGCUCUUUGGAGGACACCAGCAACGUCUACUCUGAGCCUCUGGAUGCGUUGAAGGGCACGCGGCUCCGCCCAGACUCCCUGUACGCUGACCCCCUUGACAGCCAGUGGCAGGAAGAAGGUCCAGGCCGGGGUUCCAGCCUGGCAGAGGAACAGCCCAGGGCACGGACGGGCGAGGGCCACGGGCUGCCGAGCGACAAGCAGCACAUCUAUGAUGAGCCUGAAGGAAGGGCCCCGUGGCCCACCCCUGCUUCGGCCGCCAUUUACGACGAGGCACGCCUCCCCUGCGAGGCCUGGCGGACUCAGGGCUUGGAGAGCCAAGCUGGCUAUGAGUUGCUGUACCUUCCUGGAACCGGUGAUUAUGCCGUCCCUGCCUUCCACCAAAAGGCCGGGCUGAAACCCUCCAGGCCUAGCCCUGCCCCCAAGCCUCCCCGGGCACACAAGAAAUCUGCUCAGCUGGAGGCCAGUAAGCCCAGAGCGGCCCCCACCCCGGGCCUGGAGGGGGCCUGCAACAGCAACAACAGCAACAACGCCAGCGACCCUCUCUACAGCCGCGUGAUCAAACCACCCUCGGCCCCUGGCCCUUUGGGACCUGAGCAAUCGGUGGACGAAGGCCGGCCGGCUGCUGUGUAUGAAGACCUGGGGGAGAUCUGA